AUUCCUCAAAGUUUGAUAACAAUGAAUAACCUAACUAUCUCAUUCUACCCUCUUUUGGUCAUUUGAAAUAAAAAAGCACCACCAGUUGACACAACUUGAAUGAAUGAAAAAGAAUAAUUCUGAUGAAAAAUGAGACAACCCUAAGAACUGAGUGAAUUUUUUUGUUCUAGUCUAGCAAAAAAAACACACACAAAAACCAUUCCACUCGAUCGCACGAAGCGUCUGUCUCGUCUCCGACUUGUAUGUCGAGUGGUUUUUCUCAAUUUUAGCAGAGUGUUUUCUUUGUUGGCGUUGUGCGCACGCAGUUUUCUCACAUUUCUCUUCUUUGACUAUUUAUUUCCUCUGUUUUGUUGUGUCUUUUUUGUAUUUUACUUGUCGAUUAAAAAGGGAAGCCACCCAAAAAAAGGGGGGUCAAUAUUACAUUAAAAUUACUUGAAUUCAUUUCCAAGUUAAACAACAAACAAACAAACAAAAACGAGUAAUACACACUCACUAACACACUAAUACAAUGAUGAUAAACACUGUGCUCGAACAUGUGCCUAUCAAAUUAGAGAAUUUCAAUGACGACGAAGAGAAUUCCUCCUCCAACUCUAACGACAAUUGUUCCAACUCCAUUUGGAGACCAUCAUCAUCCACAGAAACAGAAUUACAACAAACUACAAUCAUUUCUCGAACAUCAUCAACAACUGCCACAACUCUCGAUUUGGACGAUGUUAUCGAAAGUUGUGGCAAUGUAUUUAUUUACAGUCGCCGCAAGCUAUUCCUUAUUUGUGGCUUCUGUGAUAGUAAGUAUGCAAAUAUGUUACAAUUUGCUAAACAUUUAAAUGAUUGUCAUAAAAUAUUUUAUACUCAUUGUGAGGAAAUAGUCGUCGAACAAAGCGGCGAAGGGGUGGCGGCGAAUUCACCACCCGCCGACAAUGAUAGUGACUCAGAUGCAACUAUAGCAUCUUCGACAUCAUCCACCAAUUCAGGGGUAAUAGUCAAGGGUGGUUUUCAAAUUCGCUUUGUUGGGGAAGGUCCACCACCUGUCGAAAAAGACGAAGAAUCAUUACCUACCUCGUCGGACGUGUUGUUAAGACAUGUUCCUAUUAAAAUCGAAGAGGAACAACCUCCUGAAGAAGAUGACAAGUCUAUGAUGGACUUUGAAAAUAAUAUUGAAAGUUGUGGCAAUAUCUUUGUCAUGAAUCGAAGGAAACUCUUUCUGAUUUGUGGCUUUUGUGAAGGGAAAUAUGCAAAUAUGGAAUUAUUUGCAUCACAUUUACAUGAAAUGCAUUCAAUUUUUGAAGAAGACGAUGAGGUUAAUCGAAGUCUUGUUGGAAUUGCCCCACAGCCAUUACAAAUCAAAGAAGAACCUGAGGAGGUUCUUGUGGCGGUUAAAAGACGACCAACUGCCAAUGAAAAUCUACUUCCAAUGGUUGCUAUUCCGACAGUUGGUAAUGAGGACAUAGUUCCUGUUCUAAAUCCUGAGCCUGAAACUGUCCCAACAGCUAAAAAAAAGAGAGUACUCUUAGAAUCUCGAAAUGAGAGAAUAUCAUCGAAAGAUAGCGAUGAUUUGUCAGUUGAGAGUGACUUUUCUGAGGUGAUUCCACCAAAUGAAGAAGCUAUCAUUUUACGUGGAAUCAAAUCCUUUUCCUGCCAAACAUGUUCCAAAACAUUUAAAAAACUCUCACGAAUGUUGGAACAUGUUAGGAUCCACACUGGCGAAAAACCACAUCAAUGUGAUGAGUGUGGGAAGAGAUUCCGUAUUAAACUCCGACUAACUGAACAUACUAUGCGUCAUAGGAAUGUUAAAGCUUUCAAAUGUGAUUUAUGUGGAUUAGGGUGUGCCACAAGGCAGGAUUUUGCUUUGCAUCAACGGCAUCAUAAUAAAGAUAAGCGAUAUGCUUGUAAAGAAUGUGGGAAAGGGUUUGUUCGGAAUCAAGAUCUUAAAACCCACAUGAGGAUUCACACUGAUGAACGCCCGUUCAAAUGUGACAUCUGUAAUAACGCAUUCCGUGCCAAACAGAAUCUCAUUAUUCAUCGAAGGAAGCAUGAUGCUACUAAGGAAUUCAAAUGUGAUUUCUGUGAGAAGAGAUUUAUAAGGAAAAUUGAUCGAAAAGUUCAUCAUAGAACACAUACUGGAGAGAAGGCGUUUAAAUGUGAGAUUUGUAAUCGGGGAUAUUCGGCGAAGAUACAUGUUCGUAAUCAUAUUCAAAAGAGCCAUAUGGGUGUGGCUCAGUUAGAAGAUCAGUCUGAUCAGGGUGAAAAAAUAGAUUGUCAAACCAAAGAGAAGAGAACUAGAAAGUCAAAGGAUAAGUCAUUUAAGUGUAAACACUGCCCAAAAGUAUAUACUGGAAAGUCAUUUUUGGAAAAGCAUAUGAAAAAUGUUCAUAGCGAUAAAAAUGAAGCAGAAACAACAAAGUCAGAUGAUGAUAUAUUGAUGGUAGAAGAGAGUAUUGAUGAUGAAAGUCCAGAAAUAAUUAUAGAUGAUCCUUAAUUCUUUACUUUUUUUUUUGUCAAAAAAACUCAAAAAAUUAUACUCGCUUUUAUAGAUUUUAAGAUUUAAAAAUAACUAAAAAACAUAUUUCUCGCUUUUAGCCAUUUUUAAGUUAAAGAUUAUGUUAAUGUAAUAAAAACUAAGAAGUAAAGUCCCAUAUAGUCCAUCAAAUAUAAUAUAUAUGUAGUUCGGGACAAAGGAGGUGCAAAAUUAUAAACUAAAAAAAAAGACAUUUUUAUUUUUUAAUAUAGAUUUAAAACUUUAAGAUUAUUGCUAAGAAAGAACAAAUAAAUGCAAAUACAAUGACUAUUUUUUUAUAACUCAGAAAAAAAUUGAAGUUGUU